AUGCAGUCUACCGCCUCGGCCAUCGCAGCGGCAGCCAUCAGCGGCACUGAUCUGGGCGCCAGGGCCAACUCGGCCAAAGGAUCCGACACCGCCGCCGCCGCCACUACGGCCAGCAACAGCGGCAGCAGUGGCGGUGCCACGUUUGACGGCGCCGAGGCCGAGAGGUGGCUGAGCGCAAGAUGGAAGGUGGUCGAGUCGAGCAUCUCGGACCCUACCCUCACCUCUGCCGACCGUGCAGAGGUGCACAAGUCGGCGCCGGGAACGGGCGGCGGUGCGUGGGGCGCCAACAAGCGGACGACAAAUGCCCAGUUCGCCGCGGAUCUGGCAAAGGCGGCGGCGGCGGCGGGGAUCCGCUGA